AUGGCUGUUCUGAGGCAAGACGUUUCUCAGAAUAUUCAGAGAUUGGAAAUGCUUCAUGAAUCUGAUCCUUUGAUGUAUUCAAAUCUGGUUGAGAUGAUUAAGAAAGAGGUCGGUGAAGGCAAUGCAAGAAAGGGUGCCAGCUGCAGUAAAUCCAUUGUUUGGCUCACCAGAUCCCUGGAUUUUACCGUGGCAUUACUGCAAAAGUUAGUGAAAGAUCCCGGACAGAACAUGGAACAAGCAGUAGAAGAGGCUUAUAAUAUCACUUUGAAGCCAUGGCACAGAUGGAUUUCCUCCGCCGCAUAUAGAGUAGCCCUAAAAUUGGUGCCUGAUUAUCAAACUUUCAUCGCUGUGCUGUUGGCAAAAGAUGAAAACUAUGAUACUCUUAAAGAGGAGAUGCAGACUUUCAUCUCAUUACUUGUUCCUUUUCUUGAAGAAAUCCAUGUUGUUUUGAGAUUUUAUGGCUUGGAUAGGAUAAAGUGCACUUGAGGCGUCUAUAUAUAUAAGAGGGCGCCAGAUAUACGCAGACCAUAAGUUUUUGUUUAAUAUUAUAUAUUGAGCUUUGAGUUUUCUUUAAACUCCAUGUGCCUUUUUUCGUGUAAAUAUAAAAAAUAUGUAUAUAUGUACAUAUAUGUACAUAUAUGUAUAUACACAUAA